AUGCCAGGUGAUCCAGGUGGAUUAGCUCGAGUGGAUGAUAUUCUAGGUGUCCAGAUGUACAAGACCACAUUUACAGCAUCCCCUCUUGUCUUUGGUGCAUUCCCAUCCCUUCACUCUGCAGAUGCUUGUUUAUUGGCCUUCUUUGUCGUAUAUGUUUUUGGACCAAGGUCGAUCCCAUUUGCAAUGAGCUAUGUUUUCUGGAUUUGGUGGGCCACUAUGUAUUUAGGUCAUCAUUAUGUAGUCGACUUAGUAGGCGGUGGAGCAUAUGCUGUCAUUGCAUUCUGGAUUGGUUCAUUCUUUUUGCCCUCAGUCUUACCAACACAACAAGAAGAGUACGAUGAGUACGAUGAGUACGAUGAAGAUGAUGGUGAUCUGAAAUAUGGACAAUAUUACAGUGAUCGAAAGGGUCAAAGCUCCGUCAAAAUUGAUAUGAUCGAGGCAUUGAGGCAGCAUGAGAAGCGGACUUUGCUCUGCACCCCUGAUGAUCAAGAUAACGAAGGGGAUGACGAGUCUGAGGCUGGUAGUAGCAGUGAUUGCGGCAGUAGAAGUGGUUGUAAUAACUCCGCCAGUGAUGUCCGAUUUGUAGACGAAGGUGUCAUUGUAGCCAUGGAUGAAUCUCUAGAGAUGAGUCGUGUAGUUGUGGAUAUCUCUACUGCUGGUGUUGGUGUUGGUACACUCUCUACUCUCAAGAUUAAGGAGGCACGCAGAGUACGAUCUGAAGGAUCUUCGCCAUCAUCACCGUCAUCACCAACAUCAAUGUCUUCUUCGUCAUAUUCUUCAUCAUCCUCGUCAUCAUCAGCGGCAGCAUCAUCAUCAUCAAGAAAGAUCAAGAAAUCGUCAUCAAAUACCUCUAGACAGUCAUGGAAUGGCUGGCAAGGAUAUGAGUCAUGGAUCGAAGUAUUGGCAACCGUUAAUACGCCACGGACUUCACCCAAGACUUCGCCCGUUCCUUCUGCAUCAAGUUCAUCCACUAAUCUUCCAGGAGUAACUUAUUAA